UUUAUUAUAAUUAUUAGCACUGGGUGAGAGUUGUCAUACAGUAGUGACUCAAGCCUUCAAAGCGAGGAGGGGGGGAGGGGAGAGCGCGGAGAGGCUUGUGUUGCGCUGCCAGACCUGCCGCCGCCGACGUCGCCGCCACGGGGUUAUUUAGCGUGCCAUUUCUCCCUCGGACAGGCAGUUAUCGUGAUCAACUCGGUGAAGGAAGGAGUCGCGCAGGCACGGGGGAAUCUUCUCACUCGCACAAUCACCCACAAUGUCGACCGAAGUGGAGGGCCACGGCGACGCUUACGACUAUUCGGUGUUGUGUCGGAACUGUGACAAAGAGGCCCCGGAUCCUGCACCUUGUCAGGUUACGGGUACGCUGCCGGAGUGGCUGAAGGGACAGCUCAUAUGCAAUGGGCCAGGCCUCACUAAGGUGGGAGAACAGGAAUACAAUCAUGCCUUCGACUCUGCAGCUUUAUUGCAGAGAUUCGAAAUUUCUGAUGGAAAAGUUAUGUAUAACAACCGUUAUGUGCGCUCCAAGACAUUUGAGCAGAACCAGGCAGCAGGGGCCAUCACCAAGGCAGAGUUUGGCACACCUGGCCCAUCCACCAAAGGGGUGUUCUCCAGACUUUUGGAGGCAAUGGACCCAGAGAAGAUGUUCUCUGAUAAUGCUCUGGUGACAGUGGCAGACUUUGGAGGUCGCUACUUUGCCAUGUGUGAGACACCCUUCUUGCUGGAGAUCAAUCCUGACACUCUGGAGGUCAAGGAUCGGGUGAACCUCAACAAGAAGUAUGGACUGAUGACCCAGACCCCACACCCCAUCCUGACCAAUGAUGGGGUGUACACCGUGGGCCAGGGUGUUGGGGUAACUGGCCCCAAGUACUGCAUCGUCAAGUUUCCUCCAGAUGGUAACUUGAAGCAAGGUAAGGUGAUGGCUUCAGUCCCAGCACGUUGGAAGAUGUCCCCUGCCUACAUGCACAGUAUGACCCUAACUGAUAACUACAUUAUACUGAUCGAACAGCCCCUGGCAGUCUCCCUCUCAGAGCUGCUGAGUGACAUAGUGACCAAUGCUCCCUUCAUCUCAGGCCUCAAAUGGCACAACGAACCAGUGCUCAUCCAUGUCAUUGACAAGAAAACCUGGAAGCUUGUCAAGACCCGCUAUGUGACGGAUGCUUUCUUCUUCAUGCACGUGGCCAACGCUUAUGAGGAUGGGGAACAUAUUGUGCUGGACAUUCCCACUUACAAAGAUUCCACUCUGCUGCACCAUCUCUACAUCAAGACACUCAGGGAACAGCGAGGGAAGAAUACUGAGGAGUUUCUGAGCAGUUUUCGGUCAACGCUGCACCGACUAGUGGUCCCCCUCAAUGCCAAGGGGAAGGAGACGCUCAUCACACUGCAGGGCACCUCGUGCACUGCCGCCUGGUCUGGACAAGAGGUGACACUGAAGAGUGAGAAGCUGUGCGAGGUGCCCUUUGAGAAUCCAUGCAUCAACCCCAAAUAUGGUGGCAGCAAGUACAACUUCCUGUGGGCAAUGGGACCCGACCCUGAGGGAAGCGACAAGGGAUUUGUGAUGAAGGUGAAUCUUAGCUCAGGUGAAACUCACAAGUUCACAGAAGACAAGCUCUACUGCAGCAGUCCUCAGUUUGUGGCAAGACCUGGUGCUGUGGAUGAGGACGAUGGACUUAUCUUAUUCCUGGGUACUGAUUCUCGGGAUGAGAAGUCAGUAUUCUUGGUGGUCUUGGACGCAGCCACCAUGACCCAGGUUGCACGAGCCAGUGUGGUGACCUCUGCCCCAGUGCCCCUGCCUUUACAUGCUCUCUACAUUCCUGCCUCAACACAGUGACCACUAUAACUAUGAUGAUGUAUGAUGAUGUAUGCAUCAUGACACCAAAAUUUCUAAGCUAUAGCAUACGAACUGUCUUUGUAAUGAAAUUGUAUUCAUUUUGCUUCCUUUCUCUCUCUCUUAUGUUCAUGUGAAUGUGUGACUCAUGGAUUUAUCUAGCAAUUUCAUGGAAUGCUUUCUCUCAACAAACUGGUGACAAGUGACAACUUACAAUAUAUCUAUGUGCUGUUGUUUGUGUACCUAUGUUGUAUGUUCCUCUGGUGCUUCAAGUAUUUCCUGCUCAGGUUAUGUGUGGAAGUUUGUCCUGAGGAUGUUUUAAGCUUUAAUUUGCAAUUAUGUGUGAGAAAUGCUUGUGGGAUUACUUUUAUUUUUGCAACAUGACUGCAGGAAACCCCUACUUCUGUUGUGCAAAGUACAGUGUGGUGUUGGGACCAAUUUUUCAGAGCAUGUAUGUGAGUGUGCAUGCAUAUUUUACCCAAUUCCUUGGCUUAUAUUUACCAUAAUGUAGAUCCUUGCCAAACUCUCACCUUUCUGUGUCUGACAGUGGGAGAAAAAAAAAUGCAUGUAUGUACUUAUGUACUUAUGCAUUGCAGUGUAAGAGGAAGUUAAGGGUCUGGUAAGUGCAGGAACAAGCUAAACAGUCUCUCUGAGUUGGUUUAGAAUUCACUCUGCUUGUUGUUUUUGUUAGAUUUUUGCUAUUUCCUUGUGUUAACAAAAUGCAUUGGACAAUAAUGCUACCAUGAGGGAAACCUUGAUGUUACUGUGUAGUCUGUAGUCUGCCGCACAAACUUUUACCCUACGAGGCUGCCCACAGAUGGGUAAGGGACAAACAUAACCCAUUCAAUGUAUUGCUAUACAUAGUGUGUUUAAUAUUUGAAAUUGUGAGUGUGAGGUGAGUUAUAUACCUCAAGCAAAUAUCAGGAUGUGUGAUAUGGAUUAGACAUGAGUUCAAGAUAUGAAAAUACAGUAGCAGUAACAUUAGUUUGCAUUGAUUUGAUAAAUGUGUGUGUGUGUGUGUGUGUGUGUGUGUGUGUGUGUGUGUGUGUGUGUGUGUGUGUGUGUGUGUGUGUGUGUGUGUGUGUGUGUGUGUGUGCACUUUCAAAUAAUGCUGUGUCUGCCCAAGUGGCACAAAAAAUUUUCAUGGGUUCCUCAUAUUAUUUUUCUUCAUAACCUCUAAAUGUCCAUGAAAGGUACAAUUACUUCCUGUAAUGUGUUUGAUAUUAAAAGUAGAAAUGUUAGAUGUAUUAAUGGAACACUGUCAUUGAUAAGGGAAGCUAAACCAAGACUGUUUGGAGGAAGUGGACUGGUGUAGAAAAUGGAAGGAAAUUGAGUAAGUUAAGACUGAUACCUACAAGUAAUAAUAAUAGAAGGUGGAAGUGUAUCUGUAUAGCGAUAGAUGUGCAAUGUACUGUAAUAAUGCAUGUGUUGUGAUGGAUCUAAUUCAUUCAGAAUGACCAGGAACAAUGCAUGACACUGUUGCCUUGACUCUGACGUGCCAAGACAGCUUAUGCUAUGUUGUGUUGAGUACAACUGUGUGUGUGUGUGUGUGUGUGUGUGUGUGUGUGUGUGUGUGUGUGUGUACUUUCUACUUACUACAUGUGUUGACUAAAGUAUAUACAUGUCAGUAAGAUAAGUCAAUGCAUGUAUAUGGUAUAUACAUUAUUUUUGUACACAUUAUGCAUGAUUACAUAAGAACUGAAUUACAUGAAAUGUGUAUUUGUUAAUCAUAUCAUGUUAUAAAGUUAGGCAGCCUGUCAGUGCUUUCAACAUUAUAUGUUAAAAAAUACAAAACUUUGUUGCAUAA